UUUUAGUCGUAAUAAAUCCAUCGGGAAAGGCGAUGCCCACGACGCGGGUGCACGUCGUCCCCGGCCUCUCGACGACCUCGUCGCGCCAUCGCGUCAAGCGCAAUGUGCUCGGCUUUGUUGUAAGCAUGACCAUGCUCGUCAACAUCUUCUCCAUGCCGAUGAAAGCGUACUUUUCCGAGCUCCCGCCGUGGGCGACCCUCUCGACACCCCCGACGUACGCCAACGACUCGGACUUUAGCCGGUACACAUUGGCCAAUAUGCAAGCGGCGUACAAUGAAGCGACGCUACCCCCCGACGUGUACUACGACGACAUGCGCCGGAGCGUCCAGGUCAUGCGUCAAGUCGUGAUUAUGGACACUGUCGUCUCGGACGACGACUGCCUCGCGCGGUUUCUUGUCGGUAAACCCAUCGCCUUGUACUAUGGCGUCAACAUCCGGAAUGUGCUGUGCGCGUUCGCGGCCGCCAACCACUCGCAGGACACGACGAUGGCGUCCUGGGACCGCCACGGCGCGUGCAUGCACUUUACGUACAUGUCAUUUCUGAUUGGCCACAACUGCGUCUGGCUGCGCGCUGGCAACGAAAUCGACGGCUCGAACGCGCUACGAACGUAUACGAUUGUGGCUGCCCAUGCCGUGUAUGAGUUCAAGGCGUGGUACUGGUUCAAGUUUGUCUACCGCGUGUGUCUCUCCUGCUUUGUGCUGUACCUCAUGUGGACCAAGUACUACGUUCACUGCCUUGCGCUCGAAGACACUCUCAAGCGGUACGGGCACCGCGACAAUAUCGACAAACCGGGUCGCUGGCGCUGCGAGGUCGUGUACGGCGACCCGACCGCCAUCAUCCUCAUGCACCCAAGCGUCACGGCCUUCUUCUUCCUCGACUGCUGGUUUAGCGUCGAGACCCUCUCGGUCGCCAUCCCAAGAGCGUCCCAGAGCGCCGACAUCGGAAUCAUGCUGCUCGGCUUCAUGUAUCUCUCACGGACCGUAUGGUAUGCGUACGCGGCCAUGUGCGUGACUGCAGCGAUCCUCAAGCGCCGCCGCAACGAGCACGCAUUCGCCGAAGUCGACCCGACGAUCGUUGCGGUCGCUGCGACCUUGUACGGGCCCGCGAUCACGUGGGCGAUGGGCAACUACUACGGGCUUCUCGCGGCAUAUAUUUACCUCUUCCAGUGCACGCUGCCGGCAGCCGCCAAGGGCUACUACAUCGAGGGCGGUCUUUGCUCGGUCCUCUAUACGAUUAGCAUUGCGUGCAUCCCCAUCCUGUACGGCUACGUUUCGGCGGCAUGGUGUCGGGGCGGCGCCCGGGUCCAAACACUCUCGAGCCUCACGUCCGUGUAUGCGAGCUUCCGCUACAACAGCGUCAAAACCAGAGCGCUCUUUGCACUGCUGCGAUGGAUGUACCCCGACACGAACGCCCGCGUGCCCGAGAUUGGCGGCUCCGUCUACACCCUCUUUCGUCGAAACGCGCGCUACAAGCGGUCGCCGACGAUUGGGUUUCGAAGCGUCGACGUCUUUGUCUACUGCUACAAGGACAAUGUGCUCGUCGAGCGUCUCCGCCUCAGCUUGCUCGAGAGCUUGGACCGGAAUCUCACGACACCAUCGCUCGCUGUACUGGACGCCACGACGCCGUCCGACUUCAACUUGAACGUUCUCGAGACCACGCAGCCGCCACGGCUGGCGCGUGCGCGUCGACCAACGACUUGGUGUCUCUAGUCGUCAUAUGUCGACUACGCUCUUUUCCGACUAUAAACCUGCCACCCCGUGCAGGUUUAGCAUCGCAUUCUUGUCUCAUAGUCAUUUUCGGCUUAUCGAUAGAGUAGAAAAAACACUAAAAUACUAGAAUGCAGGUAUCGCAAUUCAUGUUUAGUGGAAAA